AUGACUUCUCCCCACGCAAACCCUAACGGCAUCGAAACCAAAAUCAUUGCAGCACGUAGCGAAGCCCAAGCGUUGUACAACGAGUUGGAGAAAGUGAAAAAUAGGCUCCACGACUCUACGUUGGACGAGAUAUCGUAUUCCAUCCCAGGCAUUCCCAAGAACUUCAACAAUUUGAAGCUCUACAAUACGCUUCGGGGCCAUAAUAACAAGAUCGCCAAAACGCAAUGGAGCUCCGACUCAAGCAAGCUCCUUUCAGCUAGUCAGGACGGCUAUAUGAUUCUCUGGGAUGCCGUUACUGGUUUCAAGAAACAGGCUAUCAAUCUUGAGAACCAAUGGGUUCUCACAUGUAGCUACUCGUCAGACGGAAAGCUAGCAGCGUCCGCAGGACUCGACAAUGCCUGUACUAUCUACAAGGUAAAACAGGAUGGCGAUUUCCGCUUUGGGGGCACCAGAGUUCAGUCUGUGUUCAAGGGCCACACAGCGUAUGUAUCAGACUGCGGGUUCAUCACCAACACCACUAUAAUUACAGCCAGUGGUGACAUGACUUGUUCGCUAUGGGAUAUAACCAAAGGAGUCAAGUCGCGAGAUUUUGUAGAACACUUGGGCGACGUUCUCUGUAUGAGUAUCUUUCCCUCCAAUAAGCUCAAUGACAACCUCUUUGUUUCUGGUUCUUCUGACGGUAGUGCAAAGAUUUGGGAUUUACGAAGUCCUACGCCUGCUCUGAGUUUUUUUGUCUCCAAUAGCGACAUCAACACUGUUCUGAUCUUUCCUAAUGGAAACUCGUUUGCAACAGGUUCAGAUGAUGGACUAAUUCGACUCUUUGAUAUUAGAGCAGAUUGCGAAUUGAGCAACUAUUCUCUCUUAUCUCAGUUCCAGAAACAAAACCACAAGAUCCCCAAAGCCAAGAUCCCUAGUAGGAGACACAGCACCACUGACCAGGUGAGCACAGGGUCCAUCAGCAUCUACUCUAGCAUAGAUAAUCCGGGAGUUUUUUCCCUUGAUUUCAGCAAUAGUGGAAGACUACUCUACGCAUGCUACUCAGAAUUUGGCUGCUUAGUAUGGGAUGUCUUGAAGAAUGAGAUCGUAGGCUCCGUAGGAAACGAUCAUGUCAACAAGAUCAACCAUAUAAGCGUAUCUCCUGACGGAACGGCCGUUGCCACGUCGUCAUGGGACUCCACGAUCAAAAUCUGGUCCGUGUGA